UCCUAUCUGUGAGUCAGCUCCAUUGUCCGCGCUCUCUCUCUCUCUCUAACACACACAGACAAGACAGCAUGGACCUGGCAGCGUCCAGACCUCAAGGCGGGCACACAGGAGGACUAGCAAACCAGUUUGGGGCAUCUAAAGAGCGCGGUACGGAUUGAUGCCCGUGCCCUCUCGCUCACUCAAACCUCUCUCCGUCCCUCUCUCUGUCAAAAUGGGCAUCGACCGAAGGCACAGGGCGUCCCUGGCUCUCACUCUCAACUUUAUAGCGCUGGUUUUCUGUGUCACCGCCUUCAGCACCAGCUACUGGUGCGAGGGCACCAGGAAAGUGGUGAAACCUUUUUGCAAAACUAACGUGAAGGAAAAACAGAGCAACUGCAUCGAGUACACCAGCCCGGACAGUAACGACAGCAGCGUGGUCCGGUACAGCUGGGAGGCGGGCGAUGAUAAGUAUGUGAUUUGCUAUUUCCAUGCUGGUAUUUGGUUCUCUUGUGAAGAAAACAUCAGCGGAGAAGGGGAAAAAUGCAGAAGUUUUAUUCAUCUGACACCUCCUGCUGAACGAGGUGUCCUUUGGCUGUCUAUUGUAGCAGAGAUUCUUUACAUCCUUUUACUGAUUGUGGGUCUCAGCCUCAUGUGUGUAGAGAUCUGUCACUACACAAAUGUGAUCGAUGGCUUGAAACUGAAUGCCUUUGCUGCCAUCUUCACUGUCCUUUCAGGUCUCUUGGGAAUGGUUGCCCACAUGAUGUAUACGACUGUGUUUCAAAUGACCGUCAACCUUGGCCCCGAAGACUGGCGGCCGCAGACCUGGGAUUAUGGGUGGUCUUACUGUCUCGCUUGGGGAUCCUUCACAUGCUGUAUGGCUGCUUCAGUGACAACAAUAAACACAUACACAAAGACCAUCCUAGAGUUCAAGCACAAAAGGAAGAACUUGGAAAGAAGUUUAAAAACGAAAUCCAAAUUGAUUGAGCAUGAAGUGCCAGCAGACCGAGUCUGGGACAGAUACAUUAGCUCGGUGCCCAGCUCAACAGAGGAGUUCCUCGAUCUCUCCAGCAAUGGCCGCAAGAUGUCCAGUGGCUCGGUCUUCGCAGAUCUCAAUGACAUCCUGGAUGCACAGGGUGAGGAGUACUGCUGAGAUUCCUGGGACAUUGUGCCAGAUCGGUUCUAGAUAUCAUCUGUAUGUUCCAGACCAUUCUCUCUUACUCUUUCCUUUUCUGCGCAGGUUUAUGAUGUCACACAUCAGGCAUUAUCAUGGCAGAACGCAGCGAGUAUUUCUGUUACACUCUGCUUCUCUAACCAACUGUUAUAUUACACUGCAGUUGGCAAAGAGCUCCGGCACUGGAAGGAGAUGGGCUCAUCUAAUCGCUGGUUAUUGCAGAUCCUGCUGAGUUCAUUGUUGCUGCAUGGUGUAAGAGAGAAUCCCCAUUGUCUGAAAGAUGUAUUUCACAAACCACCAACACAUGUUAAGCAGUGUUGUCCUAUUGGUCCUAAUCACUGGACUGUUCUUGGGGGAUCACUGCUGUGUGCAAUCACCUCUAUGCAGGCAGUGCUAAUAUUUACCUGUGGGACAGUGGAUAGAUUAUGUGAAUGACUCUCUCUGUCUCUCUCCCUCUCUCACAAAUACACACACACACACACAAGAGUGUUAGUCACUCGUCUUCCAUCACUGCAAACUGGAUUAUAAUUCAUCUCAGGCUGUGCAAUCAAUGUCUCCUUUGUUUGCUAUGUAUAAGAGUCAUGUGUAAAAUGGAGUUGGUCAGAACUAAAGCACAAAACAGGGCUAAUCUCGCAUGAGGACCGGAGCCUCCGGAGCCAACAGUUGGAAAAUCUAGCCCUCAAUUUCAAUCGAACUCAGAGAGGCCACAGAAUGGGACCUGCUGCUGAAGGUACAGCUUUUCUGAGGCUGUGAUUGGCAUGUUUUUUGUACUGAUUCAGAGUGAAGAACUUUACCCCAUUAGAAACAACCUGAGCAUAGGCUACCUGAGUUGAAAAUAAUGUUUCAUUCCUCACUAUAAACAUUAUCCCCCCUUAUGAGAACCAAAAUUCAGAGAGUGAAAGGUCUCAAGUACAACUGUUUGAGUGAAAUUGUGGUGACAAAAAUGUGACCAGAUCACAAAAUUUAUUCGAUAGCUCAAAACUAUUACACAUAUCCAGUUCAGAUUUUAUAUUCCAUCCUCCAGAUUUCAUAAUCUCCCCUUUUCCUUUGUUCCUUCAGGCUGUGUUUUUCUGCUUUUUUUUAAUUGGGACGUCAAACAGGUUGAUAUGGUGUGAAAAUGAACAGGAUCAGCUACAUCAAUGCCAUCAUCUUCCUUCCACUUUUAACUUACCCCAUCUUGUAUAAGGUUGCCAUAAUGCUGGGCAAUCACUCUUCGCUUUGGAACUAAUAUUGUUGCUGGGAAACUCACUUCAAAUGUCAAUGUUAACUUUAGUGCAUUAAAAAACAUUAAUUUACAGAAAAUCUUCAACUUGCUGAAAAAUUAUUUCCUGUCCUUUCCUACCCAUAUCCAUGUAAUGCUAAUAGUGCCCUUGCUGCAGUCCACUCAUUGUGAGUUUGUUCAUGAUUAGAAUGGUGCUGGAAAAGCAUAGCAGGUCAGGCAGCAUCCUACGAGGAGGAAAAUCGACAUUUCGGGCAAAAGCCCUUCAUCAGGAAUUCCCUACACAUAUCCAGGCUGCAGACCAGCACCAAUAUACAAUGACUUGGAUUCUUCAAUGGCAACCAAUUCAGACCUGGGCUAGGGCUUGAACCCAGGCUGAAGACAGGAGAGUGACUCACUGACUGACUCAAACUCCCUACUGUUACGAUCAUCACCCCAUUGGUUACAUGCACUGGAAGGGAAGUUCCUGCUCUGAAGCAAAGGUUAUGUAUGAGCAAGUGGACAGCAACAAGUGCCCCGUCAGUGUUAUACGGAUGGGAAAAGG